AUGGCUGAAAAUGAAGGAUGGGAUGCGCAGUCGAACUACCGACUGGCGCAGGAACGGGAAUUCUACAAGUACAUCCCCAGCAACCAUCCCACCUCGCAUUUCGCUCCUUUCGAUCCCACCAGCCACAGUACCUUCACCCCACAGCCGUCGCGAGAUUCAGCUUUGACUUCCUUCGCCCAGCUGGGCGCUACCCGCCUAGGGACCCAACGGGCCUUGAUCUCUCUCUUCGAUCAUACCCACCAGCAUGUCAUAGCGGAGGCCACUCCGACCUUGAGUUUAAUUGAUGGUACUCCCCGAGAUGAUCGCGAUCGGCUGCGUCUGGGGUGCUGUGUGCUCCCGAAAGAGAGCGGCUUUUGUCAUCAUGUCGAGCACUUGCCAUCGUCAGGUUCCAUAGAUAACGAUGCAGCAUUCGAGGGCAGCGCCUUGGUCAUUUCGGAUGUGACUGACGAUGAGCGUUUCAGGUCUGGCAGGUCGCUUUAUGCACUAUCUGACGUACGAUUUUAUGCUGCCGUGCCUAUCGUCAGUCCACGGGGUUUUACGAUCGGCGCGUAUAGCAUGAUGGACAGCGAGGCGAGGACGUCGGGUCUCCAAGAGCAUUCUCUUAUAUUUAUGAAGGACAUGGCUGCGACCAUUAUGGAGCAUCUGGUGCUUCUCGAUUUUACACGCAAAAGCCGCCUGGCAGAACGAAUGAUUGAAGGCUUGGGGAGCUUUGUCGAGGGUAAGGCUACGUUACGUGAUUCAUGGCGGGAGGCCAAUACACAGUACGUUGCAUGGGAACAUUCCGGAGAUCCGAUAGAGGGUCAGUUGAACAUCAAACAGCAAGACAUACAAGAAUCUGCCAGGGGAACCGAUGAGAAAAUCCUUGUUUUCCGGCAGUCGGAAAGGAGUGACGGUUACACUUCGAAGAGGCCAUUUUAUAACAGCAAUAACCUGGCAGAUCGCAGCCAAGGACCUCGGAUGGAAUCAACUCAAUCGGAUACAUCUACCCGACGUGCGACUGCAGACAAUGAUUUGCAAGAAAGCCCCCUCUCAACGAACAUUAAGAUUGUCUUCUCACGAGCCGCAAACCUGAUCAGGGAGUCGAUUGGAGCGGAGGGAGUUAUGUUUCUUGAUGCGGAUAGCGAUCGCUUUGGUAGCCUCGUCGAUCACAUGAGCAGCAGGGUGUUUGAUUCUGGGGCAAAAGAACCAAGCGGUGACGAAAGCUCCGAUUCGGGAUCUUCAUCCAGCAAGCGUGGGGAGCUUGACAGUACCUCCCUGUGUGUAUGCUUGGGAUUUGCGAGCUCGCGAGGGUCGAGUAUCAAUGAUGACUCGGUAGCUGGCCGAGAAAACCUGAUGCAAGAGCCCUUCUUAAAGGCACUCCUUCAGCGAUAUCCUCGUGGCGUAAUUUUCUCAUACACCGCCGAACGAUCACUGUCGAACUACAGCGACGGCACCGCACAGGAUUUGACCAACCCUGACCACGGCAGUACAACCAAUGAUUAUUCUUCUCAUAACGAAAGGCGCUCAUCAAAAGAAAAAAAAGCAAGCAAUACCUUUCGACGAGAUGCCGACCAACUAAUCAAAAAUUUUCCUGACGCCAGGAACAUCCUUUUAUUGCCUGUCUGGGACUCGGAAAAACGCAGGUGUACUGCUGGGACACUAGUGUGGACGAAUGAUCCUCGGCGUGUUUUCACACUUGAGAACGAGCUCGUGUACAUUUCCGCUUUCACAAACAGCGUCAUAGCCGAAAUCCGUCGACUUGACGUGGAGAUGGCAGACAAAGCCAAAACUAAGCUGGUUCACAGCAUUACGCACGAGCUCCGAACCCCACUUCAUGGGAUUCUAGGCACAGCGGACAUUCUCGGUGACACGGCCAUGAAUGCCACGCAAUAUGGCAUGAUACAUACAGUUGAGUCAUGCGGCCGCACCCUUUUGGAUAUUAUCAACAAUCUGCUUGAUCUUAGUUUCAUCGACAAGUAUCAGAAGGACCCAUCUCGCCUAAGCGCUAACCAAGGGGCGGAGCAGGUUGACAUGUCUUUCAGUUCGACAAAAGGAGGCCGCGUGCAAAGUAAAGACCCCGGUGAGACGGCCUCAUCCUCGCAUGUCAAGCUGGAUGAGGUGCUUGAGGAAGUCAUCGAGUCCGUUUUCGCCGGAUAUAGCUUCUACACACAUCCCAGCGUGCCGCCUCCGGCGUUGGCUAGUUCAUCUACGCGAUCGGCUGGUCGAGCGAGCGCAUUCGAUCAGGUUGGCCCGAGUGCCAGCCAGAUUACUAUCAUCUACGACAUCCAGCCAGAGACGGAAUGGGACUUCCUAACACACGCCGGUGCUUGGCGCCGCAUACUGAUGAAUCUUUUUGGUAAUGCGCUGAAGUAUACAUCUUCCGGCUAUAUCUACCUCGGUUUAAAGUCAUUCAAAUGCCGCACCCCUCGAAGCCACGCAGGGUCGAUUAGUGAAGCGCGUGGCGAACAAGGCGAUGAAUAUGAUGUCACUCUUACAGUGAAGGACACUGGGAAAGGUAUCGGACAUGAAUUCUUGCAAAAUGAUCUAUUCACUCCCUUCAUGCAGGAGGAUUCAUCUGCAUCCGGUAGCGGUCUGGGGCUGAGCAUCGUCCGUGAGGCCGUUAGUUCCCUUGGGGGCUCUAUCGAGACCAACUCUACCAAAGAAGUCGGUACUGAACUGUUGGUCCGGGUUCCGCUCAUCCGUUUUCCCGGUAGAUCAGCUGUUUCGGCGGCCUCGAUGCCGACUACCCUGCUACAUACUGAGGGGAAGACGAUUGGCCUCUUAGGCUUCGGGUCUUCUCUCCGGUCUCAACGAGAUACAGCGUUGUACUCGGCCUUGGAGCGAUUGUGUUGCGAAUGGUUUGGCCUGAAAAUGAAUUCCGUAUCUGCAUUGGAGGGUGAACCCGUCGGCUUCGACUUUUACUUAGUCGUUCAGACGGAGCUGGACUCUGGGGAUAUUGAAAGAAGAAAGCUUUUUACCAGCUGUAAACAUUUCGACGACGGAAAUGGUUGCAGCUCGCCGGUGGUGGUUAUUUGCCAGUCUCCUAGAGAAGCCCACAGCAUGUUUGUUGCGGCCAAAAAUCGUGACGAAGCCACAAGCUUCGAGUUUAUCAGCCAGCCUUGCGGGCCUCGAAAACUGGGCCGUGCGCUAGAUUUGUGUAUGAGGCGGCGGCUCGAUCGACAGUCUGGCCGGCCCUCUACUGACGAGUCGACUCGCUGGGUGGAAAUGCCAGAGUCCUCCCAUUUGGCACUGGACGUUGAUUCCAGUGAUUCGCCCGAAGAGAGGAUGAAAAUAAGGAAGCGAUCGACGACAGACGAAUUCCCGAGCCCAGAGUUUCGACCUGAUCGAAUUUCAUCAACCGAACAAAGUGGGAGUUUAAAUUCAAGAGGCACCUCGAAACCCACCUCUCCCAACGAUAGACAGGGGAACGUAGAUCCCCCUGGUCCAUCCAUCUUGUUAGUGGACGACAACGAAGUAAACCUCCAGCUACUGUGUGCCUACACGAAAAAAGGGAGUUUUGACUACAUGACUGCUCGCAAUGGGGCCGAGGCAGUCGCCACAUAUGAGGCCUACCCCGGCCAAUUUCGGGUAAUUAUCCUUGGUAUGCCCAAGCGCUUUCUCCGCUUUCCUUCUUUCAUCCGUUACAUUGAUUUAAAAUCCCCUUUCCUCUUUGCUGCUAAUACUGUGCUAUCAGAUAUUACGAUGCCCGUCAUGGAUGGCUUCGAGGCGGCCCGACAAAUCCGCCGCCUUGAGGAAGAGCAUCGGGCCGUAUUGAGUGAGUCGGUACGAAAGGCGUUGCCGCCCACAAUCAUUGCUGCUUUGACAGGGCUGCACAGCCCUGCUGCCCAGAAAGAGGCUUUCGGUUCUGGGAUUGACACUUUCCUCGUCAAGCCGAUCAAGCGAUUGGAUUUGUACGCCGUUCUGCAGCGGGUAGAAGAUAAUCUGUAG